GCCACUCGGUAGGCCAAUCAGAUAGUGGUUGUUUCGGAGGUCAUCGAAAGCCAGGACUGCGCAAAGACGGCCAGACUCUCACCUUUGGCCAUUGAUUGAGAUCCCUUGGUGUUCCGGAAGAUCUUAUAUUCUCUUCUAUAACAGAUUUUCUAGGUCAUACUAUCCAUCGACGACCUGUGUCCCUUGAUCACUAGAAUCUCGAAAUAUCCGACCCCAUCUCAGCCACCCAAAGGAUCUAAACCCACCGGGGCCUUUUCAAAAGACGAAGACAAUAGCGAUUACGUUCCAUUCAAUAUCAUUCUAAGCUUCUACAAUGGCCUCCCAGACCGCCCUCUCAGCCCGCGGUGCUUACCGUCAACUCCUCCGCGCUACCCGGGUUGCCUUCCAAGAUGACAUCCGUGUGAUGAUCGCUGCCCGUCAAGAGGCUCGCCGGAAUUUCGACAGUCACCGCCGCCAAGGCAUCGAUACCCCCAUGCAGAUCAACCAUGCGAUUGAAGUGGCGAAUAUCCUCAAGCACAAUAUUGUCCAGGGUGUCCGGGAAGAAGGCGAUGAGAAUGCCAAGUGGGAACUCCGCAUCCAUGACGAUAUUGAGCGCGGCGACAACGACUCGAUUAAGAUCGCAGGAAAGAAGGUCAAGGUGGAUAAACCGUGCUCAUCAUAGUGUUGCCUCUUACGAUGCAAUGCGUGGGUAAGGAUGACUGCAGACUAUGGCAUUUGCAGGAUUGUAUUAUAGUAUACCCAAACUUUUCUCUCCUUCGGCGUCUCUUUGGGGUAUUUUAUGGUUUAAUCAGAAUGUAGAAAUAUACACAACGCCCGCUCACGAACAUACAUGG